AUGAGUGUCAAAGUGCUUGUGGUCGGGAAGGGAGCCCGAGAACAUGCGCUGGCCUGGAGAUUGAGCAAAUCCCAAUCAGUGAAACAGGUGUUCGUCUUUCCUGGAAACGGAGGAACUUCUCUCGACCAGGGCAUGGCCGAACAAGGCGCGGCCCCCAUUUCCAAUCUGACUGGCAUCCGGACAGGCCCUACAGGAUACAGUGACCUGGCGCAAAAGGCCAAGCAGCUUGAGAUAGGAUUGGUUGUGGUUGGACCCGAUGACGAUGUGGUCAAUGGCAUCGAGGAGUAUUUCAGAGGGGCGGGAAUCCCAUGUUUCGCACCCUCGCGUAAAGCAGCACAGCUCGAAGGUUCCAAGGUUUUCGCCAAAACGUUUAUGAAGAAUCACAACAUUCCUACAGCCGCCCACAGUAGUUUCGACGACUUUGAAGAGGCCAGCGCCUACGUGCGAAAGGUCUUCACUGACGACGACCACCGAAUUGUGAUCAAGGCAGAUGGCCUUGCUGCAGGGAAGGGAGUGGUCUUGCCCGAAACCCCUGAGCAGGCUCUAGAUGACCUUCGAAGUAUCAUGAAAGAUGGAGUCUUCUCUACAGCAGGGUCUUCAGUAGUUAUCGAAGAGUACAUGGAAGGAUUCGAGAUCAGUAUUUUGACCUUCAGCGACGGAAACACCUUCGUUUCUCUCCCAGCUGGCCAAGACCACAAGAGAAUCCUGGAGGGUAACAAAGGACCCAAUACUGGAGGUAUGGGUGUUUACACGCCCGUUCCUAUGGUCACACCAGAGAUGACACAACAGAUCGACGAUGAUAUCUUGAAGCCAACGUUUGAAGCUCUCAAGAAAGAAGGGUGUCCCUUCCGGGGCUUGCUGUUCACUGGUGUCAUGGUAACCAAGUCUGGUCCCAAGGUCAUCGAAUACAACGUGCGGUUCGGUGACCCAGAGACUCAAAGCUCCAUGCUUCUCUUGUCUGAGGAAACAGACCUAGCCAGUGUCUUACUAUCAUGCACAAACGGUACACUUAACCAAGCCAAAAACACCAUCAAGGUCAAACCAGGUUUUGCUUGUAAUGUUGUUAUUGCAUCGGGUGGAUAUCCUGGUGAUUAUGAGACAGGCAAGACCAUCGCGCUGAGGACGCCGCCUGGUGACGUUAUCAUUUUUCACGCAGGAACUCGCCUAGAUGAAGGCGGCGAUGGAUCCCUGAGGACAGCAGGAGGGCGGGUGUUCUCCGUGGCCGCCUACGGAGAGACCUUGCAACAGGCCCGGGACAAGGCCUACCAGGGGGUCGAGUGCGUGUCAUUUGAACCCAAGGUGUUCAGGACUGAUAUUGCUCAAGGGGGUCUGAGUGUGGUGAAAUAUGAGAAGAAUUGA